AUGUCACUAUUAUUGAAAUGUUAUUAUAAUAAAUUAAUAACUUGGAAGUAUUUAAAUUACACCAAUAAAUUGUGGUAUUCACUUGUAAAUAAUAUUGAUAACAGCAUUUCUACAAAUAAUACUAUAGAUAAUAACACCGAGGAUCACAACGAUAGAACUACCAUCACUGAUGCUAAUACAAUUACUACUAUAAGUGCUAUCACUUGUACCAUCCCCACUGCUCCUGUUAGCUCAUCAUUAUUGCCAACAUCUGAAAAUUGUGGAAACAAUAAAGAAGAUGUUCACAAUGUGACCAGGGGUAAGAAAAUUAAGCCACAGAAACCACAUAUUCUUGUAUUAGAUUUAAAACAAAGUGGUCUGUUGCCAAAUACUCAAAAAAAUAAUCACAAACAUACUAAAAAAAAUAAUCAUUCAAAUAGAAUGGAUCGUCCCAAUUAUAAUAAUAGUAAUAAUAAUAAUACAAAACAUAUUACAAUCUUAGAAGGGGUGGACUUAGGUGACAAUAAUAACGCUUAUAAAAAUACUGAUCCUAGUAACGGGUGUAGUAAAAAUAAUAGCAAUAAUAAUAUUAUUAUCGAUAAUUCGAAUAAUGUUUAUCUUCGUGAUCCGAAAGGACAAUCAUCUAACACGCUAUUACAAUUUGAAUCUAAACUUACAAAUGAACAAAUCAUCCAAUCUAUCGAUUCUAUGAGACCGCCUACUACAGAAGUGUCGAGUAAAAUAUUUGAUGAAUUAGUAGAAAGAUUAAAUGACGGAUAUACCGUCAAACAAUUACGUUAUUAUAUAUCAACGAAAUCUUUUACAAGAAUAUCCACAUCAAAAUUGGUUAAAUUAGAUAUAGUGAAAAGAUUGUUGAAUGACGUUUGGAAUCUAAAAGUUUCGUCUAAAAUGAAUACUAUGAAUAGUUAUUCAAUGUCACACAAAAUUAUCAAUUUAAAUGAUGUUCAAACGAAGUUAUUGUUAUUGACACAAAAUGGUAAAAUUUUAAAAAAUUUAUCUAGAUUGGAUAAGAAUCUUCUGAUUCAAUUAGAUUAUUCGAAUAAUCAAUUAAAGUUGUGGGGAAAUGAAUCAGUUUUGAAAUAUAUUGAAAUUUCAAUAACUAAUAUAUUAAAAAACAUAUUAAUGACGAAGUGGAUGCCUUCAACUAACUCAUCUACCUCUUCAACUACUACUUCUUACAAUAAUAAAAUCAUCUCUAGGAUAACAAGACUCUGUGAUGUGGAUAUAAACCUGGAUAAAAAUGAAAUUUUUGCCUUUGGUAAUAAAAGAAUUCAAUUAGCUAAAAGACUACUAUUAUGGGCAGAUUACCUUAAUAUGGAAGUAUCAAGAGCGUAUUCAGAUUAUUGGAAACAAGCCAUUGAUCAAGUUAGUUCGAAUACUAAUAAAGAAAACCAAUUCCAAUGGUUCCCCUUUGUUGAUAUACAAACUUUAAAUUGGUUAAGACAGAUUGAACCAUUUGAAAUUUUGCGUGAAAUUUGCCCAAUCAAGAAUGAAUCAUAUAAAGAAUUAACAUCUGAUUCUCUUAAUAAUCUAUUGACAGAUGAAAAGAUUGAUAAAUUUUAUAAUUUCUUUAACCAUGCAAAUAAGGCCUCUGUUAUAAAUUUAAAACCAAAUGUAUCUAAUAUAUUGAGUAUAUCAUUAGGUCAAGUCUUAAGACCAAAUAAAAAAGCAUCACUGACAUCUCCUAUGCCACUUUGUUCUUCUUCUUCCUCUAAUGUCGAAGAGUCGUCAUCUUUUUCUUCCUUGCACUCAAACUGGAUUUUCCAUUCAAGAAUUCCACAGUUAUCAGAAAAAUUAUUGAAAUUACCUCUUUUUGAUAAAGAGUUUACUAAAGAUGAAUUAUUAUUAACAGAUCAACAUGACUAUUAUUUACAAAUAAUAUUAACCCCCGAUAGGAAGCAAUUUGAAGAAUCUAUGAAUAAUCAUACGCCUUUAAAAGAUCAACCAUUAGAAUUAUGGUUACAAAUAGAUGAAAAUAAUCAAAUUAUUCUUGAUUCAGUACAGGCUAUUAUUCCCAUUUUAAGAGAAAAUUAUUUAAUUCAAACACCAGAACGUCCAUUUGAUUACAGAAUCUCUAAUGAUUAUGUUAUGAAUGUUGAAGCUACAUUAGAAUCCCAGCCCGGAUUAAUCUCUUUUUUAAAUGAGAUCAAAAUGAGUAAUUUUAUCGAUAAUGUUAAAAUACCAUAUAAUUUAUGUUUGAAUAAUCCCAUAGGAUUAUCGGAUACCAAACAUUUAAUUCCAACGAUUGGAUAUAAUUAUGUUACUUGUAAUAGGCAUAAAAUUUUAAAAUUGAAAUAUAUGGAUAAAUAUUGUGUUCAAUAUUCUGAAAUCGAUGGAGGUAACUUUGGUGGUAAAAGUCAACAAAUAGAUUUUAUUUCUAGCGAUUCAAAACCAACAAAAAAAGAAUUCAGGGCUUUUAUUAAGGAUAUUUUUAUGUUCUGA